CGCCCCCUCGGCGGCGGCUCCUCUCGGCAUGGCGGCUACGGGGGACGCGUUCCGGAUGGCCCGGGGCAGGGCCCUGUCCGCCUUCCGCCACGGUACGCCGAACCUCGGCGCGGGGCGGCGGGCGGGAGAUGAUGAGAAUGAAUGGAAAGGACCUUUCUACUUCAUCCAAGGAGCAGAUCCUCAGUUUGGACUGAUAAAAGCUUGGGCAGUUGGAGACACUAACAACGGAGAUGAUGAAUGGAAAGAAGAAAUCAAGUUAACAGAGCAAGCAGUGCAGGCCGUUAACAAACUAAACCCUAAACCCAAGUUCUUUGUGCUGUGCGGAGACCUUAUCCAUGGAAUGCCAGGAUCUCAAUGGAGAAAGGACCAAGAGCGAGAUUUAAAGAACAUUUUGAAGAACAUUGACCAGGAUAUCCCAUUGGUAUUUGUCAGUGGAAAUCAUGAUAUUGGCAAUACUCCAACAAGAGAAACAAUAGAUAAUUAUUGCAAGAGCUGGGGAGAUGACUACUUCAGCUUUUGGGUUGGAGGUGUUUUCUUUCUUGUGCUAAAUUCUCAGUUGUACUUUGAUUCUUCCAAAUGCCCAGAGUUAAAGCAAGCCCAGGAUGUGUGGCUUAAUGAGCAGCUGGCUGUUGCUGAAAAACAUAAAUGCAAGCAUAUAAUAGUGUUUCAGCACAUCCCUCUGUUUCUGAGAGAACCUGAUGAAGACCAUGAUUAUUUCAACUUGGAAAAAUCAGUUCGUCAAGGGAUAAUGGAAAAGUUUCAUAAAGCAGGCAUUAAGGCUGUAUUUUCUGGACAUUACCAUAGGAAUGCUGGAGGGUCCUACAGAGGCCUGGAAAUGGUGGUUACAUCAGCAAUAGGAUGUCAGCUGGGAGAAGAUACACAUGGGCUUCGAGUAGUUGUUGUGACAGAUGAAAAGAUUGUUCAUAGAUACUACAGUUUAGAUGAAUUGAGCAGCCAAGGCAUGGAGAAGGAGCUGCUGGAUAUGCUUGCUAAGCAAAAUUAGGCUGUCAAAUCCCUUUUAACUCAAAUGGUUGAUGUGAGUUUUGUCUGUAUUUAUUAGACUAAUAGAGUUUUAGAAAGUUUCUACAAACUGAAGUCACAGGUGUACCAUGCCCAUGAACUGUUCUCAGUUUGUUUCUGUGCUGACAUAUUUCUCUUUUUGAAAAUGAGGCCUCUGAGGAAUAUGGAAUAACAGAACUAAUAUGCUAAUGUAUCAUUGAAAAGAUUUGUCUGUUCUGAGCAUUUUUACUUACCUCUUGGAUAAGACUUUCUUAAUAAAUAGAGAGUAUAGCCAAGAGUUAGAGUAGUACUUCAACUCAAGUCUAUUUUCAUUUGAUGUUUGAAAAGACACUUUAAAAUCAAUAAAUUUAUUCACUUCAGUUAUACUCUGGACAAUACGAAUGUGACAUGUUUUUACUCUGUAGAAAUAAAUCUCGAAAACUCAGUGAAAUCAACAGACUCCCACUGACUUUUAGCAACCUUUGAAUUAGAUCUUGUUACCCAGAGGUCAUGUUUUCACCCAUUUCCCAUUCUUUCAUUUUCUUAGCUCUUCAGAGCCAGCAGCAAUGGGAGAGCAAUCACAUUCUGUUCAGUGUAGUCACAGCUUUGGGUUUCCCUUAUAUCUGAGUUUGAUAUAAUGAAAAAUCUAUAAAUGAGGCUAGUAUAAAUGCCACUGAGAUAAACUUAGCAUGGAACAAUUAUUUUCCUUUUGAAAUUUAAUCACCAUUAAAUUAGUAUAUAUUAUUGCUAUAGGUUCAAAGGUUGGAAUAGCUGCAGAGAGAGAGAAUAUUCUGUACAGAAUAGUGUCACUUCGUUGAUUCUAAGACAAGUGGAGAACUUCCAUUUCUAAAUGAAAUUUAAACAUGCCUUAUUGAAAUAUAGCCAUUGAAUCUUGAAAACCCUAUAAAGUAUGUUUUCUUCACUGAAAUAAGUCUUACAAAAUAAAUCAUAUAGAAAGAAGAGACAAUUGUAUUCUAUAUGUGCUGCAAUCUAAUAUUUAUAGCAAGUAUGUCUGAUUACUUUUAAAUUAAAAAAAAAAAAGUCUUCAUCUAAUUAGCAUAUACCUCAAUUUUUAAAUGUUUAGUUGAACACAUCAUAUAAUCUAUGCCACAGGUGAUCUAGAUAUACAGAUAUAGCACAACUUUACCACCUGAAGAUGGAGGGACACAAGCAAUACUGGCUAAAAAUGCAAUGCACUCGAUCCAUUUUAUGUGUACUUGCAUACAACAUCAUUCCCUAGAACAUACAGGUACUUAAAUACAGUCUAGGAGGUGAAAUACUGUGCUGAAGAGUCAGUUUUGUGAUAUUUUUGUCACAAGUUUACUUGGGAGGCUCAUUAAAGCUUCAUCUGUGGGGCUCAUGAGAUUGUGAAAACCCACAGCUGUGAUGUUUUGGCCAGUUGUACCAGUGAAACAGCUCUACCUGCAGAUGGACAGGACCAAAUGUGGGCUACUGUCCCACAAUAAUAACCUGAGCUUGGGUAAUGUUCAGUUUAAAAAGGAAGAAAAUGAUUCUGCUUUUAUUGUCUGGCUGCUUUUGUUUAGCUGAAUGUUUUCACAGACUCAUUUUCAAGGGAACAGCUGGGAAAUGAGAAUGAAAAUCUCAGGGUAGAUUGCUUUGAAAUGGGUAGGUACCCAAGCACCCAAAUGGCAGUUUUGCUAGGAGUUAAACACCCAUUAGUUCAGAUACUUAUUCUAAAAAUCUGGGUACUUACAUAUCUUUGAAGCCACUGACUACUGGUAAAAUUUGGUCUUAUAUAGGUGGGAGCUAUUUAGUAAUCACAGAUCAUUAAAGGCUUCACGAAUUAGAUGAUGCUGGUUUAUGUUUGGCAGGGGGAGAAUAGUCUUGCUAUAACUUAAAUCUUUUAAGUAUGUCGGGUUACAUCUUAAGGCUGAAGUUCAGCAGAGGGACCUGAGACAAUCUGAGCAUGGAAUAUGCUCGUUGCUCUGGCACAAUAUUGUAAAGCUGAAUGGAGGAAGUGUAUAAGCAUUUUUUUCAUAUGCCUGUUUAUUAAAGGAUAUAAUUUUAACUGAAUAUAUGAAGCCUGGGAGAUAGAAGCAUAACUUCAGGAGAAAGUCUUUCAACAAAUAUGAAAAUGUUAAUAGUAGUGGUAUUACAGAGCUCUGUAAUUUUAUUUUCAGAAUUACAGUGUACUAAUGUGCAAUGCUAAUGUUUGUAUAAACAUAAUUUUAACUCAGUUGUAAAUUUUUUUCACUUGUGUCAUUUCACUGUAAGAAAUACUGUGCGUUCUGUCAUGAAAAUAUUACUCAAGUACAAAUGUGAAGUUCAAUUUUAAAAAGUGGCUUUAUAUCUCAAAUAUUUUAUUUAGUUAUUUCUAAGAAUAUGUUCUUAUAUUCAUGUGUAAAAAUAUUACCAGCUUUGUCUUUAGUUUGUAGUUUUUUAAGAUAGAAAAGUUAGGCUGCUGAUUUUUUAUUAAAUGCAUUCGCUUUACAUGUAGGAUUUGGGGCACUAACACGUAACUGCACCUUCCACUGCAUUCUGCUAGUACCACUUAACCUUUAACCUAAUAUAUAUGGUGAGUAAUAUUUGUGCAAGGCAAGAAGAUUGAUCAGUGCCUUUAUCCUCACAAUUUAGUGGGCAUGUUGUAGAAUCGUGGCUCUUCAUGCUCAGAUUCACCCAUGAGCAGGGUUGAAAUCAGACAUCUGUGUUCCCAGUUGUCAGUGAGCUGGUAACGCCAGCAUUGUUCCACCUCUACUGCUACAACCACAUGUAGAUUUGCAGAAAGCCUUCUGGACUGAAAUUCCACCUUCUCUGCCCUUCAGAUCUCCCUCUAGACAUCUGCUACCGCAAGCCAGCUCUUGUACAGGUUUGCUUGAAAACAACAGUGCUGGUAUGAGCCAUCUCAGCCUCAUCCAACUUUGACAAUCUUCUAUUAAUCAAAUAAUGGGGAUUUGUCUGUCAGAUUGUAAUAAAAUAGUAUUACCGCUGCCUCCGUUGCAUUUC